AUGCUUCGAUGUCUUGUACAAAAUUUAGCUGAAGAUGCUAUAUUAACACGAUGGAAUGUCAUUUUAUCAUUAGUGAAUGGAACACGAGGUGAAACGUUUAGCCUAAUUCUUCUUCGAAUUUUAACUAAUACUCAACAAUUACCUGAUCAAAUCGAUAUGAGAUUAGUUUCUCUUGUAUUCGAUUAUCUUCAUGUAUUUAUGCAUAUUAUGGAAAAUGAAGAUUUUAAUAAUCUUAAUUGUCCUAUGGAUAUAACACAAAAAAUUGAUGCACAAAUGCUUAAAAAUGUAACUUAUAAAAAAUUAUUACCAUUUAUGAUGUUAUGGGUAUGUUUUAGUAUGAUUUAUCGAAAUAAAUAA